AUGGAGUCCGCUGGCCCCAGCACCCAGGCCACCACCGUCGGAACGCGGUACAACCCGGCCCAACAAGUUGCCGACCGGAUCAUCCGAGCCCUCCGCCACCGGCUCCGCCUCCUCCACCGGUCGGACACCAACUUCUUCGUCCUGGGGGCCACCGGCAACGUCUACACCGUCACCCUCGCCACCACCCCGUCAUGCACCUGCCCCGACCGCACCGUUCCUUGCAAGCACAUCCUCUUCGUCCUCCUCCGCGUUCUCGGUCUCUCCUUCGACGACGCCUGCGUCUGGAGGCGGACGUUACGACCGUGCCAGCUAGCCCGCCUCCUGGGCACACCCACGGCCCCCGACGUCCUCGCCGGAGCCCGGGCCCGGGAGAGGUUCCACCAGGUAUUCUCGGGCGACGGCGCCGGGCGACUGAUGGAGUCGGCGAGGGAGGACGACGGCGCCGUGUGCCCCAUUUGUUUGGAGGAGAUGGGGGGAGCGGGGAGGGUGGUCACGUGCGGCACGUGCGGGAACUCGCUGCAUGGAGAGUGCCUCGUGGGGUGGAAGAGGAGCAGAGGAAGGAGGGGGACCAGCUGCGUGGUGUGCCGGGCACGGUGGAGGGAGAGGAGGGAGUUGGAGCGAUACGUCAACCUGGCGGACUACGUUAGCGAGGCCGAAGAGGAUGGAGGUGGUGGCGGGUCGUGCGCAGGCUAAGCGCCCACUCGAGUAUACGUAGAUGGAGACAUUUAGUCUCGAGUAUAUGUAGAUGGAGACGUUUAGUUUGUAAAGAUGGAAGCAGUCUGUACUGUAUCUUUUCGUGCUUUUAAAUCAAGUCGCUGACU